CGCACCCAAACCGCAAUGACGUGGGGCCCUUCCUCCCUCGCCCUCCCGGCAGCGUGUCCCGCUCGGGGCUGGCAGCCGGGCCAUGGCCCUGCGCUCUCCCUGAGCCCCAUGGCCCUGCGGCGGCUCCUGCAGCCCGGCCCCGGCCCCGGCCCCGGCCCCGGCCCCGGCCCCGCGGGCGGGGAGCCGGCGCUGCCCGCGGACGGCAGGAGGAUGCAGCGCCUGGCCAGCACGGUGGGCACGCUGCCCCGCGGGCGCAGGCAGCUCGCCUUGGCCAGAUCCAGCUCCUUGGAGGACUCCUCCAAGCCACAGAGGCACCUCGUUGCUAUAUUGAAAGAAGAUAAAGAGACGUUUGGGUUUGAAAUCCAGACUAUUAGGUUUCCACACCACGAUGAUUUCUCCCUGGAGGUGUGCACUUGUGUCUGCAGGAUCCAAGAGGAAAGCCCUGCCCACCUCUCUGGCCUUCAGACUGGUGACAUCCUCAGCAGCAUCAACGGCGUGAGCAUCGAGGGCUUCGGUCACAAGCAGAUAGUGGACUUGAUAAAGUCUUCAGGGAACUAUUUGAGGUUAGAGACCGUCAACGGGGCCUUGCUCCUGAGGAAAAUGCAGCUGGAGACCAAACUGCAGGCUCUCGAGCAGGCGCUGCACCAGCGGUGGGGAGAGCUGCGGGCGCUGCUGGCCCGGGAGCGGCUCCUGCUGCACCAUGCGGGUGGGGAGGCGAACGACAGCGCUCUGCUGGGCCUGGAGCCCGGAGAGCCCAGCCCGGGGGGUGGCUGCAGCUCCCCGGGACCCUUCUUCCCGGGCAAGACGCGCUUCUCCAGCGAGAGCAGCUCCCGCAGCCGCCUGAGCUCCAUGACGGUGGGCAGCGAGGACAGCUUCUGCCAGGGCAGCGCCUUCGAGGACUGGGCGGCAGAGAGCCGGAGCCGGCAGCCCAGCCUGGACGAGGACUGCGUGUUCCCCGCGGCCCGGAGCUCGCUGCGCAGGAACCGCAGCAUCAGCCUGGCCAGCAGCGGCUCCGCGUCCCCGCGGCAGCUCCGCGACAGCAGCAGCUGCUCCGGCAGCCUCGGCACCCUCCCGCGCAAGAGCCGCAGGGCCAGUGUGCGCAAGCACCUGCUGAAAUUCAUCCCGGGCUUUCACCGGCCGCUAGAGGAGGAGGAAAGCCGGGUCUGAUGGCACACGUGUCACCCUCGCGUCUGGGCUGUGGCCUGAGGCGGUGGCACCGCGGGGCACUCCCCUGGACAGCAGCUCUGAUGAGAGUCACCCGGCUCUGGGGUUGUAAUUAUUUUCAUUUUUAAUCAGAGCACGCUGUGGGCCUCUUCAUUAACGUGAAAAAUGAGCGACUCCAAAACGUGAAGAACCUUUGCAGAACUUCCUCAGCGAACUUCACUGUUAAAAACAGUUUUUAAUUGAAUGCGAAAUUGAUAGCUAUUUAUUUCCUGUUACCAGAGUCAGUGUCUUCCAAAGGUCUUUAAUAAAACGAGUGCUUCUACUGAA